CGCAAUGACCUAGUUUUAAGCUUGCGCUUUGAGCGCGACACUAUUCCGCUUUCGACACGGGCGCGUCGUCUCUUGGAGGAGUUUUCAAUUGUUGUUGUUCUUGUUGUCGCAGCCAACACGUGUAUUAUGUAACGGCAAAUUGCCGGAUUAUAAGGUCACUUGCUCAGCACCACGGGGAGGGGACAGCUUGCCUCCUGCGGAGUGAACAUCAGUCCAUCUGCUCCUGCAUCCUCAUCGCGAUCCACACACACACCCCGCCAGCAAGCCAUGUCAGUGUCACCUUCAGAGCGGAGCCAGAAGAAUGAAGGAUGCACCGUGGAGCUCGGUGUGGGUGGUUCCCCAGGCGAUGACAGCACUGGCCUGCACGGCUCCAUGCUCUCCUACCAGGGCAUCAUCUACUCCGUGAACGAGGGCCACGGGAUCCCGUGCCGACGCAAGCACAAGACCAAGAUGAUCCUGCGGGACGUCAGUGGCAUCAUGCUGCCCGGGAUGAACGCCAUCAUGGGUCCCACCGGCAGCGGCAAGACCUCCUUGCUGGACGUGCUGGCGGGGAGGAAGGACCCCAAGGGGCUGAAGGGUGGCACGGUGCUGCUGGACGGAAACCCCAUGGACUCGGGCUUCCGCCUCAUCUCAGGAUACGUCGUGCAGGACGAUGUCAUCAUGGGCACCCUCUCUGUGCGGGAAAACAUCGAGUUCUCGGCAAACCUACGGCUGGCGCAGCAGGGCGCUAAGAGAAGUGACUGGGAGCAAGAGAAGCAGCAGCGAGUGGACAAUGUCAUCCGGGAGCUGGGUCUCACUGAGUGUCAGAACACCAAGGUGGGCACAGACAUGAUUCGCGGCGUAUCAGGUGGUGAGAGAAAGCGCUGCAACAUCGGCAUGGAGCUCAUCACCAGCCCGUCCGUGCUGUUUCUGGAUGAGCCCACUACGGGUCUGGAUGCCAACACAGCCACCGCCAUCAUCAGAUUGCUCUACAGGCUGUCCCGCAAUGGACGCACUGUCAUAUUCUCCAUCCACCAGCCGCGCUACUCCAUCUUCCAGAACUUUGACCGGCUCACGCUGAUGCACCACGGGGAGGUCGUGUUUCACGGACCCUCCCUUGACGCCGUGCCUUACUUCUCUUCCAUCGGCUACGAGUGCGAGGCGUUUAACAACCCGCCUGAUUUCUUCCUGGACGUGAUUAACGGGGAAAUUCUCCUUUCGGGGCAUCACGGCAUUGGAAGCGGUGGUCGCACAGCGAAAUCAGUCGGAAAGCAGCGCAAUGGGAGCUGCAAUGAUGAUGAUGAUGUCGAACGUGGGGGUGAUAGUAUGGAGAAAGGCGGCGGUCUGGAGCUGGCACAAGCCUACAAGUCGUGCCACCACUGGGCUGACACCCAGCGCCGACUGGAGGGCAUCGGGAACGUGGCGGCCGUGCCAGUCGUCAUACGUAGCCACUACGCCACACGCUUCCACUACCAGCUGUACAUCGUGUGUGGACGGACCGUGAAGAACAUGCUGAGGAAUCCGCAGACCUCGUUCAUGCAGUACUUCAUCAACACCCUCUUCGCAGUCCUCGUGGGCCUCAUCUACUGGCAGAUAUCGGACGAACCUCCAGCCGCCAUCCAGAACAGGAUGGGAGUGUUUUUCUUCCUCAUCAUCAACCUGGUGUUUGCGAACCUGUCGGCCGUGGAGCUCUUCCUCUAUGAGCGGGUCCUCUUCAUGCACGAGAGCUCGAGUGGGUAUUACCGCACCUCGGCGUACUUCCUCUCCAAGGUGUUUGCCGACCUGCUGCCCAACCGCAUUGUGCCCAUCGUCAUCUUCGCCGCAAUCUCUUACUUCAUGAUCGGGCUGCGGCUGGACGUGGUGGCGUUCUUCCUCUUUGCGCUCACGCUCGUGCUCACGAGCCUGGCGGCAGUGAGCCUCGCCUUCCUCGUGUCGGCCAGCGUCAGCAUCUUCGCCGUCGCCAACGCCCUCAUCGCCAUCCCCUACGUCUUCAUGAUGGUGUUUGGUGGGUUCCUCGUGAACCUCAACACCAUGCUGGACUGGCUGUCCUGGAUCAAGUAUGUGAGCAUCUUCCGCUACGGCAUGAACGCGCUGUCAAUAAACGAAAUGAAGGACGUGCAGUAUUGCAGUAACAUGACCUGCAUGAGCGGAUCCAAAUUCCUGGAGCAGCAAGGCAUCGACUACAGCUUGUGGGGCUUCUGGCAGAAUCAGCUGGCACUGGCAGUGAUGACGGUGGUGUUCAUGAUUCUGGCGUACGUGCAGAUGCUAAGGAUCAAUCGAUGGAAGUGACGAGUACUUGGUCAUGUCAGGUGUUGGGUUUUGCAGAUGUGCGGCAUUGAAGCCAAUGAUUGUAUUGUUGCAUCAUCCUUAGAUAUGGCAAGGAUCUUCCUCAGAUAUUGUACGACUAAAUUACAAGAUGACUCAAGCACCGUUUCAAAAAAGUAAUUGGUUUGAAGGUCCACCUGAAUGCGAAAACACAAAAAAUGUCAGAAUCUUUAUCGUGUUUGUCGACUGGAGGAAUCCGAUGAGCUGUGAAGCUCUGUUUCACAGCUGUCCAGUGUGAUGGUUAUGAGCGACAACUCUAGUUACAGCUCAAAGCCUAUGUACUUUCUUCAUAACUGCUGUGCGCAACACAAAAAAUGUUGAAUGUUCACAAAAGUAUCUUGGCAUCUGGCUGAAUUAUCAUGUCAACUUAAAAUCUCAUAUUAAAAAAAUGAAUACAAAUUAAGAAACUCGGGGCUUCGUAUCGAAACAAAUCCGGUUUGCCAUCUUCUACACAGAAACAUUUGAUAGCCACUGGCUUCUCAAUGCCUCUCCGAGACUGCUGGCACACAAGUCAACCUCUAAAGAAACUUUGUAUUUUCUCAACCCCCUCUUUCAUUCCACCGUAUGCUUUAUCUUGCAAACUACUCCACUCAACACUGUGAUCUUUAUUCCAAGACCGGCAUUCAUCCUCGGUGGGAAGAUUCAUUGGGCCAAGUUCAUCUUCAGUGCUUACUCAACGCAAGCCCCUCACUUAUCCAGCGGAGUUUAUUCAAUGCCCCACACAGCACAAACGCACACUGUACCGAGCAAAAAUAACUCACCCGAUUCCCACUCACUCUGUUAAUGCCCCAAGGACCUGGAAUUCCAUCGUUUCACACGCGUCCUUGGUUACUCUCACACCUGAAUCACAAAUUGAUGCCGAGCCAUCAAUUCUUUACAGCUUCAGCUGCAGUUGCUCUUGACAUAGGUCCUUGUUUGUUUACACACUUGUCAACCUAUAGCUGCUUAAUGUUUAAUGCGUCUGCUGCGUAGUUUUGUAGUUUAUGCGAUGAUCAAUCUGGAGGGAAUUUGCCCAAACUGAUUGUGCUGCAGCGAAUUUAAAGUUAAGCUUUGAUUUAACGUUCAUAUCGUUUCGCAAUAUUUUUAUUCCUCAUGUGAGUUGUGUUUUUGCUUUCGUUCUGAUUUCUUUACCGUAUUGUACUUCGUUUGAUUGCCGAUUUUAGUCAGGAAUUUAAUUGAAGCAGCAAGUGAGAACAUGUGAAAAGACUAUCCAAAUUUCUCAGUCAGAUCUGCGAGAGUGCAAUUGAAUACGCGAAACACCGAAUGUUGACAACUGUAGAGAUAACAUGCCGACACACACGUGCUUUGUGUUGCCAUUGAAUCUUCAGCAAUGAAGUCUGACCAAGCACUAUGCUGGAGAAUAUCAAAUAUACACUUCUUCAGCCAUGUAGCCUGAGAUUAUUUACGCCAUGCAUUGGAAAACGCGGUUGGCAUUGCGUGCCCCCCCCCCCCCUUCCUUUAAAUCAUUGUGUGGACACGUGCGGUUUAAGCCACCACCGUUAAACACAAGAGGACGGAGGUGCUCACACUCACCGAAUAUGGACAUACAUUCUUACAGAACAUAAAAGGCAGUAUGUGUACCUAAAGUGCAUUUUUUACACAUCGUAAGCGUGAAACGAAAGUUUGGCAGCUGAUGGCAAAUGUGCUUGCACACGACAGCAUCGGUAAAGACCAUUCAAUGUGAUUACAAAUAUAACAAAAGACAAACACUUGUGCUCAAUACAUUUUAUUGGAUGUUCAAAAAUAAACACAGCAAUGCUUCCCCCCUCCCCAUACAAUGCAUCUGGAAACGUAAAACUUUUAAAUUCAGCUCAACCCGGUGGACCUGCCCUACAGGCCUCGUUUCCAGAAGGGCCUUUAACCAGUUUCUAAAUCAUCACACGACCCAUCCUCGCACAGGAUUUAAUCUUAGUUAAUUAUUUUCUUCUUCUAAUCGUUUAAUAAUUACAGGAGCGCCGUUGUGAUGUCACCGCAGUGACGAGAACUUAGAAAGUGGGAGAGAGCCCAACCGCAGUGACAGAACCAGAGCACGGCUGCUUGCGUUGUGGCCGAAACGUCGUGAGAAUUAUUUUAUUAUGUUUUAUUAUUUUAUUAUUUCCCUUCUACGUAACUUUACCGAAAGAACCAAGAAGAUAACCAGAGCAGUCCGAGCAAUCAUAAACGUCACUUUUCACACAUUUACGAGGAAUUUGGUUCCAAAUUGCAUUUUUUUAAAGAAUAUCAUUGUGGAUACACACGAGCCUGUCUGUUCACGCACACGAGGGCUGCUCGAGUGAUUUAAUAUCAACCAUUGCGGAGUUCAAUUUUGGAGCAAUGACUUUAUCUCGUAUGGGGAGCAGCACAUGGGAACGGUCAACGGACUCCGAUUAUUAUUUCCCCAAAACAAGCCUCGAUGCAAAUAAGGUAGAUAACUUAGUGGUUCCGAAAAUCCUCGAGGGCAUCGUCACAGUACCGCAGUGAUUCUUGCAAAGUUUCCGUCACCCCGGGCCGAAUAGGAAACUCCGUAAGCAUUGCGUUCAUCAGUAGUGGAGGUUUUUUGUAAACCUGUCUAAAUAGAGAGAAGGGGGAAAAAUGUAUCGCCGAUUCACAAAAUAAAGCAAUGU